AUGAUACUAAGCUUCUUUGACCAAUUUAUAAGCCCCACCUACCUGGGAAUCCCCCUUAUUGCACUGGCACUCGUACUUCCAUGAACUCUAUACCCCACCCCUACCCCACGAUGACUAAACAGCCGACUUCUAACUCUUCAAGGCUGAUUUAUCAACCGCUUUACCCAGCAAAUCUUCAUGCCUAUUAAUCCGGGGGGACACAAAUGAGCAGUUAUACUUGCAUCAUUAAUGGUUUUCUUAACUUCACUUAAUAUGCUAGGCCUUCUCCCCUACACCUUUACACCCACAACCCAACUCUCAUUAAACAUGGGUCUUGCAGUUCCCCUAUGACUUGCCACAGUAAUUAUUGGCAUGCGAAAUCAGCCAACUGCAGCUCUCGGUCACCUUCUGCCGGAGGGGACACCCGUUCUUCUCAUUCCAGUGCUUAUUAUUAUUGAAACUAUUAGCUUGUUUAUCCGCCCCCUAGCACUUGGGGUUCGACUGACCGCCAAUCUAACAGCAGGCCACUUACUUAUUCAACUAAUUGCCACAGCUGCAUUCGUCCUACUUCCUCUAAUGCCAACUGUAGCCAUCUUGACAGCCACUGUCCUAUUCCUCCUCACCUUACUAGAAGUCGCCGUAGCAAUGAUCCAGGCGUAUGUCUUUGUUCUUCUCCUAAGCCUCUACCUACAAGAAAAACGUCUAA